AUGCAGAGUCUAGGUAAGACAAUUAGUUGCAAUCAAGAUGACAAAAAAGUGAGAUGCCCUUCAUUAUUAAUCGGAGAGACAGGAAAUUCGAAAGCAUUGAACAAUGAAGUAAUAAACGAAAGAAAUAUGAUGCCAGAAAUUCCAAAUUACGCACUAAACAAAGAUCAUGAAAAAGGCUCUGAAUAUUCAUUGAAUAAAAAGAGAGACGUGUCAUCAAUCCCUAAAAAUAGCAAAGAGUAUUGGAUGUACCCUUCACCUCAACAAUUUUAUAAUUCGUUAAUUCGAAAAAAUAAAGAUAUCGAUAAAAAUUAUAUCGAUGCAGUGGUCACUGUUCAUAAUGAGGUUAAUGAGGAAUCUUGGAAACAUAUACUCAAAUAUGAAUACCUUCAUAGAAACAAAUGCAAUGAAGUUACACUGCAGAGAUUUUUUGGUAAAUUCGAUGAUCUGUCAGUAAAGGCCAAAUUCAGAAGUAUUUUUUCAAAGUUAGGAAAACCAUUUGAUAGACAUGACUGGUAUGUUAAUAGAUGCGGAACAGAAGUCAAAUACAUUUUGGAUUAUUAUAACGAUGAGUCUAUGAAUGAUGAUAAAAAUAUAUACAUUGAUGUUAGACCUGCCCUGAAUAGCUUUUCAAAUAUUUGGGAUCGAGUACGUUACCCUUUUUAUGAAGCAUAUUUUAAAUACAUUAAAAGAUACGAAUUAUUUAGAUAA